AAGUAAAAACGCCGAACAAUUUUUCGACCUUUGAGCCAUCUCCGGACUUGUCCGAAUAGCCCCGAACGCUGUCCCGUUGUUGAUAAUAAAAACACAAAGAUGGAAUUCGUUAUAGAAACAAUUUUAGUUAUUUUGAAAAUGAUUUAUUACUGGAUCAAGGCCAUCGUGAUGACGUUUGUACCAACCAGCUUCCAGGCGAAGAAUAUCGCAGGAGAUCUCGUGCUGGUCACGGGGGCAGGGAGUGGGAUAGGCCGCCUGCUGUCGAUACGGUUUGCCCAGCAUGGCUGUCACCUUGUGCUGUGGGACAUAAACACGCGUGGUAACGAAGAGACGGCUGACCUCCUCCGCCACCUGGGAGCCACCGUCUCGGCCUACACUGUCGACCUGUCCAAGAAAGAGCAGAUAUACCGCGCGGCACAGAAGGUGAAGGAAGACGUUGGUGAGGUGGACAUCUUGGUGAACAACGCUGGGAUUGUGACGGGGAAGAAAUUACUCGACUGUCCCGACUCUCUCAUUCAGAAGACAAUGGAAGUGAACACCAUGGCACAUUUCUGGACGGUGAAGGCGUUUCUGCCGGGUAUGAUAGAGAGGAACCACGGCCACCUUGUCACCGUGGCGAGCGGUGCGGGUCUGAUUGGUGUCGCGGGUCUGGCCGACUACUGUGCCAGCAAGUUUGGCGCCGUCGGCUUCGAUGAGUCUCUUCGCUUCGAGCUGGAGGCACUCGGCAAAGACGGAAUCCACACCACAGUUGUCUGCCCCUACUACAUCAGCACGGGCAUGUUCAGUGGAGUGAAAACAAGGUUUCCGAGACUCCUGCCUAUCGUAACCCCUGACUACGCGACAGACAAAAUAAUGAGCGCCAUUCUGUGUAACCAGAAUGUUUUGUGUAUUCCUCAUUCUUUGUACAUCUCACUGGCUCUCAAAGGAUUUCUUCCUGCUAAAGUUGGUUUAAUUUUGGCCGACUUUCUGGGGAUCAGUCACUCCAUGGAUGAGUUUACAGGACGAUCAAAGGAUGAAUAAUAUUCAUAUUGGUACAAGACCAAUUAAUAUUGAUGAGUGAUUUAUUAUGAGUGAUCCAUGGCUGCUAAAUAUUCAUAUUGGUACAAGACUAAUUAAUAUUCAUGAGUGAUUUAUUAUGAGUGAUCGAUGGCUGCUAAAUAUUUAUAUUGGUACAAGACUAAUUAAUAUUCAUGAGUGAUUUAUGAAUGAUUCAUGGAUGCUAAAUAUUCAUACUGGACCAAAAAUGGAUUGAUAUUGAGAGAAUGAUCCAUUUCUGAUUAAUAUUCUUCAUUGCAAGAAGGAUUGAUAUUCAUGAGAAUUAUUCAAGAGUGAUUAGUAUUCAUAAUUCAUGGUUGAUUAAUAUUCAUAACUUGGAUGACAGGAUAUUUUUUGUGUGGUUACUUCUAUCUUUUUUCUUUUUUUUCUCCCACGGCACAGAACUGUUAGAACUAGGGGGUGGGGUCAGUGUCCCUCCCCCUCUCCACAUGUACCGUAAACAUAUGGGGUUGAAUUUACUAAGCGUGUUUUUCAAGAAGAAUUGGGGUAAUACGUUAUUCGAUUGGGCUAUGGAAAACUAGAAUUUUGAGAAAGAGAGAGAUAUAUGUGUGUGCGCACGCGAGUGAGUGAGUGAGACUGUAUUUUUACAUGCCACUAAUGUUUCGGGCAUGUCCAUCGCCGGUCCGGUCUGUGAAUAGCCUGUAGUCAGACCCGGGACUAAAAAAUGUUUUUGAAAUGACAGAUUGAAUAUUAAAAAGAGUUAUUUCCCUUUAACUAAGCAACUUUUUAUUUUAUUUUUGCUUAGAUGUUUUCAAAGAAAUGUGAUGUGCAACAGUUUGUAUGGAAUGGAUGCUUGCAUGAGAGUACAGUUUGUAACACAUGAUAAUCUUGUCAGUAAUUGAUUGAUAUUUAAAUAUUUUUUCUUCUGUGAUUAAAAAAAUAUACAAUUUUAUUCUAUUAUGCAAAUAAAAUAUUUGACAGUU